CAAGUUCCCAUGAUGCCACGCGCUGUUUUCUUUUUGGGUAGCCUGAGCCUAUGAUACGUGGUGGUAGCAGCAGCAUUUUACACAUUGUAGACGCUACUACCGUGCGAAAUAUUUUCAGUUUAGUUGUAACAUUAGUACCAAUUGUACUAGAGUCUCAGUGGAUGGCGUUGUAGUUAACUGCCAUCCCAUACAACUUGUAAUAGAGAGACGUUUCAAAGUAUUUGCUAACACCUGGCUAGCCAUUGAUCCACCUUGCUAAUGCCAAAAUAGCCAACCAACUUUUGUGAAAAUGUUGAAGACUGUCAUAUUAAUCGGAGGUCCGCAGAAAGGAACGCGGUUUCGACCGCUGUCUUUUGAGGUCCCGAAGCCAUUGUUUCCAGUUGCAGGGGUCCCAAUGUUACAGCACCACAUCGAAGCAUGUGCAAAGAUCCCAAACAUGAAAGAAAUUCUCCUGGUUGGGUUUUACCAGCCGAACGAAGAGCUCAAUCGAUUCCUAAUGAAUGCUCAACAGGACUUCAAAAUCUCGAUCAGGUACUUACAGGAGUAUGCCGCUCUCGGAACGGGAGGAGGCAUCUACCACUUCAGAGAUCAGAUCCUGUCUGGAAGUCCGGAAGCUUUCUUUGUCAUGAAUGCUGACGUGUGCUCGGAAUUCCCACUUCCUGACAUGCUAGCAUUCCAGAAGGAGCACGGCGACACACACAGUUUUGUCAUAUUGGGAACUACGGCCAACAGAAAACAGUCCUUGAACUACGGGUGUAUCGUUGAAAACCAGCAAACAGAUGAGGUCUUGCAUUACGUGGAGAAGCCCAGCACUUUUGUCAGUGACAUCAUAAACUGUGGAAUAUAUUUGUUCACGCCGGACAUAUUCCAGCACAUCGGAGCCGUGUUUCAGAAGAACCAGCAGGACAUGCUUUUAUAUCCUGAUGAUGGGGACGAGCAAUCUAAUGGCUGGCAGCGGGCCGAGGUGAUCCGCCUGGAGCAGGACAUCUUCACGGCGCUGGCGGGACAGGGCAAGCUCUACGUCUACAAGACCCACCGCUUCUGGAGCCAGAUCAAAUCGGCGGGGUCUGCGAUUUAUGCCAGUCGAUUGUAUCUUAACCAGUACCACCAAACACAUCCAGAGCGACUGACUGAAGAUAAAGAGGGAGGGCCCAAGAUCAGUGGAAACGUUUACAUCCAUCCAACUGCCAACAUCGAUCCAACAGCCGUGCUUGGGCCUAACGUUUCCAUAGGAACCGACGUGACGAUAGGAGCGGGCGUUCGAGUGCGGGAGUCCAUCAUCCUCCACGGGGCCACCUUACAAGAUCACAGCUGUGUGCUGAACAGCAUCGUAGGAUGGGAUAGCACUAUCGGCAAGUGGGCCAGAGUGGAAGGCACCCCCAGCGACCCCAAUCCAAACGAUCCCUACGCCAAAAUAGACAGCGAAACCCUCUUCAGGGAAGGCAAGCUCACACCGUCGAUAACCAUUCUAGGUUGCAAUGUGAAUAUCCCUUCAGAAGUCAUCAUACUGAAUUCUAUUGUCCUCCCUCACAAAGACUUGAACCGGAGUUUCAAAAACCAAAUCAUUCUCUAAGGACUGUUUCCCCCCCCAGUUUGAUACGGUGUGUAAAAGACUCGUUGAUUACCUGUUGUUUACUCCAGAUGGUUGCAGGCAUUAUUACCGGAUGCAUAUGAAACAGUGACUUUGCACAGACUAGGUUUACCUCAUGUACUGUAAGUUGUGAAGGCAGUUAGCAAUGCAAUGUGGUGCAAGGGAGACUCAAGACUGCUCAUCAUGAGUACUAAUGUAUGACAAAUUAGUGCUAUGUGAAAUACACCUUUUUUAUAUUUUGAACAUAUAGAUAUUUUAUUUCUCCACACUCUCUGGAGUUAGUGCCUGCCAAAACAAUAGAGGUUAGCCCGCUGUUUGGCAACAGGCAUCAUGGGUGAGAUUGUCAUUCUGUCAGCCUCUUAUUAGUGAUUCUGUCUGUGGUGAGGCGUGUCUGUGCUGAAUCUGUUGAACUUUAUCAAAUGUCAUUCUGUAUUAAAAUGUCAUUAUGUUUGAAGGGCUGACAGGCCCUUCCAAAAACAGGGAGUUUUUUUGACCUGCUGGGUAAAAUCAGAAAUAGCCAAUGUCUUUGUGAUGGUUGAAGAAUUUUUAAAUUAUGUAAAGAAAUAAAUGUUAAGUUUAUUCUUGUGUGGACAGUUGUGCACACAAUUCAAA